AUGUCCCGGGACCUCGAGGAGGUGUGGAGUCCCGAAUAUGACUCCACCUGGGAAGAGGAGGAGAAGAAGGAGGCAGAUGAGAGCCAACGGGGCCAGAGGGAACAAGGGAACCAGCAACAGCUCAGUAAUUGUCGAAGACCGUCGAAGAGAGCUGCCAGGGACCUGCAGAACUACAGACAUGGUUAUAAAAAAGAUAAAGAAGAUAGAGGUUAUCAGUGUUACUCGAGUCAGCCUUCAGAAACACUCAACCUGGACUUUUACCAGGACAAGAAGCGGUUUGAGCCAGAAGGGCUAUGCAUAGAGCAGCUGCUGACAGACUGGAAGAAAAAGUACGACAUUCUGGAGAGGAACCAUUCCUAUAUCCAAUGGCUCUUUCCUCUUCGGGAAUAUGGUAUGAACUCUUGUGCCAAGCCACUCUCAGAGGCUGAAAUUGAGGCGAUGAAGGAAGAUGUGGCUGUCCAGAGGAGGUUCCUUGACGCCUACAAACUCAUGCUGGAUUUUUACGGCAUCGAACUGGAAAACGAGAAGACCGGAAAAGUAAAACGAGCAGAGAAUUGGGAGACCAGAUCCAGGAAUCUGAAUGAUCACAGCCACAACAACCUGCGGAUCACGCGCAUACUGAAGUGUUUGGGGGAGCUGGGGUUUGAGCACUACCAGGCCCCUCUGGUAAAGUUCUUCCUGCGGGAGACGUUGUGUAACGACAAAAUACAGAAUGUAAAAAGAAGCGCUCUGGACUACUUCAUGUUCACCGUCAAGAACAAGAGCGAGCGACGAAAGCUAGUGCAUUUUGCCUGGAAGAACUACAAGCCAGGGAGGUUCCUCUGGGGUCCUGUGGAGAAGCUCCGGACCUACCAACCACCAGCAGAGAAUGAGCAUGAAACGAAGAGCUGCCAGAAAGAAAAGAAGGAUGAAAGCGAUGAAGAAGGCAAAAUGAACGGACAGUCCGUCAUCUGUAAGAACAAGUCUGACAAGGAAGGGUUUCGGGAUCGUUCUGACUCCUCGAGUAGAAAAAUCAUGGUGUGCAAACAAAACUCUCCUAAGUCUAAUAAGAAACCCGAUGAAGAGCUCAUACUACUUAAGAACAGAGUUAAGUUUAAUGAAGACUCACGUGGGAAUUUUCCAGAUGAGGAUUCCAGCAGGUGUUCUGAGGCAGUGUCUGAUAACGAAGGUUCUUCAAGUUGGGAUAUGAACGGGGAGCAGCUUCCUACAGAAGGAGAGAAAAAGUCAUAUGGAGAGGAAUCAAAUCGGGUUUCUAAAGAAGUGUCACCAAAGCAUGACGAUAAAGUGCCUUCAGCAGUAGGACACCAAGAUGAAGGCAAGGCAGAAGGGCAUGUUAUGGAUGGAACAGUCUCUAGGAAUCAAAGCGAGAGCCUUCAGCAAGAUAAAAUGCCAAACGUACAAAUAGGAACACCAAGGAAAAGAAAGAUGGAAAAUGGUCUUUCUGAUAGGAAAGAGACUCCUGAUAGAGGUCCACCACAGCCUGCUGACAACUCUGAGCUGCCCAAGGAAGGAGGAGAAGGAGUGCGUAUAGUGGAUGACAAAGUGAAAAAACUUAAACUGAGCGAGCAGCCAGGUGCUGAGAGAAAUCCAAAGGUGGCGAACGACCCACUAAGCAGCACCGCAGGCACAGAUCCCCAACAGUCUGGUGAUGGGUCUGAUAUAAAUCAAGAAGAAGGGGGAUGUAGCCAAUUGGAGAUGGAGGAAGCCAAAAAGGAAAUGCCAAAACUGCAUGAGCAGUCAUAUAAAAAUAACAAUGAAAAGGAGGAAGAUGGCCCAACAGUGAGAGGCGCUAGUGGAGAUCCUAAAUAG